AUGGCGGUUUUGGCUAUGGAAAACGGAAUGAAGAUGGCAACCGCGUCCUUGAGUUUGCUGAGAGUCACGGCGGAUGAAGACAAGCAGAGAACUGUUAACAUAGCAAGCAACAUGGAUGAUAACAAGCAGUUCACCCAGUUUUCGUUGGACUACCAAGAAGAGGGUGAUGCUGUUGACAAUGUAAGCACCAGUAAUAGCGAUUCUCACGAAAAAUUUAACGACCGAGCCAAAGUGUCAUCAGGCAAAAAAUCGCUGCAUGACAACAUCAAAAAUAAUGGAACUAAGAGCGCUGAUUCAUCUCCAGACAGUUUUUCGCUAGCAGAAGAUCAUAAGAAUCCAAAUAUUUCUAAAAAUGAUCAAACAUUUGAAAACAAAAAAAAUUCAAUGGUUUACAAACGAAAGAAAAGUUCUAAAUCAUUAUCUUCGACACCGACGACUCCACUGAAGCAAAAAUCGACAGCCGAUUUCAAGCUGUACAAAAGCUUAUCCCUCUAUUCUGAUGUGGACGCGCUUUAUUGUGAGAACAUCUUCAAGCAGAACAACGUUGUACAAGUGCAAGAUUAUGCCUUAUAUAGAAAUUUCACCACCGAUUACUUUACCGAGUUGCGCCAGAAAACAGAAACCAACAGGGACCCUUUCUUGUCUCCCGUCUUUGCCAGUGAUGAACUUCUGAGGGGAUUGUGUCCCGUGCAUUUCAUUGCGUGCAAAUACGAUCCGCUGCUCGAUGACACCAUUCACUUCGCUCGCAAGGUCAAGGAAGCCGGUGGACAGGUUGACCUUCAUCUUGUUGACGACCUGCCGCAUGGUUUCCUCAACUUCAAGCAAUUCACUAAAGAGUCAUCGGCAGCUUCUGACGUUUGUGUUCAGAGUUUGAAGUGCUUGUUAAAUGUUGAUGAGUGUGCGCUUCAUGUAAACAGUAUUAGCUGUCAGGAUACCACGAUAUUCAAUGUUUCUACUAAUGCCACAGUCAGUAAUGCUGGUAAUGACGUUAGUAACGUUGGAAAUGAUGUCUCCGAUGUUUGUGAUGUUGUUGCCAGCCAGCAGGCCAGCGACGUUUGUCUGGGUACAUCUGCAUGUGACGAUUCCGUAGUGUUGUGAACCAAACUUUAAUGACCAAAUAAUAAAUUACAAACAAACAAUAAAAAUGUCUUAUUGCCGUGACGACAUUAAUUCUAAUAUUUUGCAUAAACUUCAUUGAUCCUGGCAAAUCAAUGGAGCAUCAUGCUGUACAUUUAUUUACAAUGAUGAAGACGAUUCGAUGUAUCAUGAUAAUGAUGACGAUAAAUAAAUAGUAGUUUUGUCUAAAACGAUCAUGUUAAUCAUUAAUUAUAUCAUCAGUUCAUUCGUUUAUAAUUAUGUAUACAUUUAAUGUUAUGGUAUUACACUAUGUCUAUGAAAUUAAGUCAGUUGAUAUUAUUCAGCUAUGACAAAACUUCGCUUUUCCAACUUUAAUUUGAAGACUUACCUCUUAUAUAAGUUUUGUUUUGUAUAUUUAUUUUUAGAAUUUGUUUUUUACGAUAUAUCUGUGUUAUGAGGAUACUUUGUAGACAUCAUGUUAACAUCAUGGCUUUAAACAAAUUAGUCAGUUAUUUAACGUUACCAAUUUGAUUACGUUACUUUAAAAGGUUCAAAUUAUUUGACAAUUUUAAUAAUUGUAAAUCCAUAAUUUCGUGUUUUUUGCGUUGAAAGUUAUAUAAAAAUAAGAAACCUGUUUCGUUGUUAAUUCUGAUUUCGUUAAUGUUUAUUAAGCUUGUAUAUAUCUAUCUAGCUGGCGUCGUAUUUCCUGGUCAUAUUUUUUUC